AUGGCUAGUAAUGAUUUGGGAUGGGGUUAUGGGAAACCAGUUGAAGGAAAGGGUAAUGCUUGGGUGGUAUGUGAUUUUUGUAAUUUCCUUUCCAAGGGUGGGAUUACAAGACACAAGCAUCACCUUGUUGGUGAUUCCCCCUCAGUAAAAAAAUGUACCAAAGUUCCAGUCGAAGUGCAGAAACGUUUUAAAGAUGAAUUUCAGAAAAGGAAACAACAUAAAGAAGAGUUGAACAAAAUACCUCACUUUAACGAUGCCAUUGUUGAUUUAGACGAUAAAGAUGAAGAAGAUACGACUAAUAGUGACUUUUUCCAUUCGAAAAGCAAGAGGCCCAUGUCGUCCAGUGGCUCAGCUGUAAACACAAAGAACCCCACGAAAGGGCCUUUGGAUGUGAUGUACCCGCCAUCUGAGAAAACAAGGAAGACAAAGGGGUACUUGGUUGGAACCUCUGAACAUAAAGAAUUCCACAAAAAGUUAAGACUUGAUGCGGUUCAAAAGAUAUGUCGUUGGAUGUAUGAUGCUGUUCAUCGGGGUGUGAACGUAACUGGAGCGUAUUUGAACAACUCCAUUCCAAAAAAAGAAACCGACUUGAAUGGCAAAAACUAAAUGAUUUAGUUUACAUAAAAUAUAAUCGGGCUUUAAGAAGGAGGUAUGAUAUGCGUGAUACGAUUGACCCGAUCAUCUUAGACGACUCUACCGUUCAAGAUCCGAAUGAUUGGUUGGAGGGGGAAGAAGAUGCUUUUGUGUUUGAAGGUGAUAACUUGACGUCGGGUGUAGUUGCGGAGGCUAUGGGGGGUGGAUGAGGAGCCUUAUGCUACAAGAAGAACGAGUAGGAGGAAAGAGGGUGUUGAGUCUAGCUCGCGAUCUAGAGGACAACAGUUAAUAGACGAAGAUGAAGAGGAAAAAUGAUGUUGAAGCUUAUAAAGAAGUUGUGGAAGAAGAAGUUGAUGAUGAGCCCGUAUACGAUGAGUUGGAUGAUUUGUGAAUCGUACUUUAGAGUCUAAGAUUAACACUUAUUUUUCUUUUUUUUUGGUGGUAUGCAUGUUUUAGAACUUAUUUGAGUUAUAGUCUUGG